UUCUCUAUACCUCCUCCACGUCUCUCUCCAGCUCCCAUUAACACGUGCCUCUCCCUCGCUCGCUCCUUUAGUUUCCCUCUCUCACGCAUGAUCCUCCCCUCAUUUGGUGGGACCAGUUGCUGUUACCAAACAUUUUAGUCGUUCCUUGUGGGCUCCGUGCUCCAUUCUGUUGCUGCCCCCCUCCUGCAGCCACCUCUCCGCUCUGCUGCCAGCGUCACCACCACCGCCCCUUUUCAGACAACACAGGGACAGACCGACAGCACUCCUCUCUUCUACUGACAAAAUGACAGCCGUUCUGGACCUCAACCAGAUUGCCAUUGCCUGUUCGACCAUUGGUGUGGUGGAGCAUGACAUCGAGACCCCCCAUGGUGUCCUGCAUGUGACGAUGAGGGGCACCCCCAAGGGCAACAGACCGGUCAUCCUCACCUACCAUGACAUUGGACUCAACCAUAAGUCCUGUUUCAACACCCUGUUCAAUUUUGAGGACAUGCAGGAGAUCACAUCCCACUUUGCUGUGGUCCAUGUGGACGCCCCAGGACAGCAGGAGGGUGCACCCCCAUUCCCCACGAGCUACCAGUACCCUACCAUGGAUGAGCUCUCUGAGAUGCUGCCCUCUGUCAUGACUCAACUGAAGGUGAACAGUGUGAUUGGGAUUGGAGUUGGAGCUGGAGCCUACAUCCUGUCCAGACUGGCUCUUAAUGAGCCUGCCCUGGUUGAAGGUCUGGUUCUCAUCAAUGUGGACCCCUGUGCAAAGGGCUGGAUGGACUGGGCCGCCUCCAAGAUGUCCGGCUGGACCAGUAACCUGGUUGACAUAGUGAUGGCCCACCACUUCAGUGACGAUGAGCUGUCUGACAACCAGGAGAUCACCCAGACAUAUCGUCUGCACAUUGCCCAGGAUAUUAACCAGGACAACCUGGCCCUCUUCUGCAACUCCUACAACAGCCGUCGGGACUUGGAGAUCGAGAGGCCCAUCACUGGUCUGACUGAGGACACAGUGAACACACUCAAAUGCACUUCUCUGCUGGUGGUUGGUGACACGUCCCCGGCUGUUGAUGCAGUGGUCGAAUGCAACUCCAGGUUAAAUCCAACCAAAACAACCCUUCUUAAGAUGCAAGACUGUGGCGGGCUUCCUCAGGUCAUCCAGCCGGGUAAACUCGCGGAGGCCUUCAAAUAUUUUGUCCAGGGAAUGGGCUACAUGACUUUUAACAACGGGUUCCCUCAUGUACUGCUCAGCCACCUGGGCAGCGAAUCAGUGCCCACGGCCAGUAUGACCCGGCUGGUGCGUUCUCGCACCCACUCUGCCUCUAGCAUGGGCUCUGUGGAGGGCACACGCAGCCGCACCCACACACAGCUAGAGGGUGCCACUGCCGCCAGCCCGGCUGUUGAACAGGCCAGGCCACAGACCAUGGAGGUGUCCUGCUAAAGCACCCUGCCCAGAAAACAUCCUCCUCCCUACCUCCCUCUCUCACUUUUUUUUUUUCUCCCUUUCCCAUGCUCAGUCAGAGAGGAUUGGAAUCCAGAGGGGGCGUCUGAAACAUGUUCGGAAAGAUAAUUUAUUAAGCAGUCCGGUCCUCUGCUGUGUUCACUCUCACCGUUUCCUGUUGUCUAUCUAUCAUGCCUUUCUGUGCAUGACUGCGGUGGCACGGCAACCUGGAAGUCAGUAAGCAGCCAGCCGAUGCUGCUUUUCUGGUUACCUAUUUUACGUUUUGCUGUCUACCGCCUCUCCCUGUUUUUUUUUUUUUUUUAAUCCUUAAGAUAUAUAUGAGCUAUAUUUGUAUUUAUAACUACUAUUUGGGUCAGUGUGUCAGUUUAAAGAAGGGCGUUGGAAAAGCAUCAGGCGUUUUCUCUUGCAAAGUACUCUUUUUAAGGAGUUAGGUUACCCGUUUUUCUCUUUCUUCCUCACCUUGUGUACAGAUCAGACCAAAUCACAACAUCCCUCUCUAACACCUCCUUAAUGGUCCAUUCCUAAAUCAGUCUCAUGCAGACUCACUUGCACACCUUUCCAACUAACUACACACAAAAUCUCUUUAUUUCAGUGUUUUUUGUAAUUGUUAUUAUGUUGUGAUUUGUGAAAUACCUUUGCUUUCCUGUAUUGCAAAAUGAUGUGAUAAACCCACUCUUGUUCUGUACCUUUAUACCAAGAAUAUCUGACAGCAUGACCCUCUUGUAGAUGAAACGUAAUGAAGGUGUCUGUAAAAUUGCUUUUGUCUAGAUGUAUCUAGAAAUAGUUACCUUGUUGUGUUAUUGUUAAUUUUUCUCUUUCGAGCAAUUUAUUUGAAAUGGCAGGCCCUAGGUUUUUGAUACCCCCAUUGUUACUGACAGGCAGAGAGAAGAACCACCAUUUCCUGUAGUCUAUUUAAAGUUCAGAGCAAUCACUUGAUAAUGUUCUAAGUCAGAGUACCUAAACUAGCCCACAGCUCAGUGAGUUAGGCGUAUAACUGCGUGCCAGUUAAGGUACAGAUAACAUGACUGCCUCCUCCCUUGUAUAAAACUUUCUAACUGGAAGCAAGUCAUGUUUUCCAUUCUAAUUAAAUACUUACGGGGUGAUAACAGAAACUGAUCAGAUUCCUGAGGGACUGUGGAUAGUGUAAAAACUGUUAUUAUUAAUAUUAUUGGUAAUUUUCUCUGUGGUUUUUCUGCAUUUCUCUCUGAUUGUACUACAGCUUGGGUGAGCUUGUGGUGAUAAUGCAUUGUGCUCUGUCCCCAUAGUAUGGGUGUGUGCUAUAAGUCAUACUGCCUGCUGACUAUAUACAUUUGUACUGAUAAUAAAAUAAAGCUAGAAGUUGUACAUUA